UCAGGGCGGAGCUCUGACUCUCGUCUUGCUCUGCUCUGGCCCAGCAGAACCAAGUUACUGAAGUGAUGACGGGAACGGGGGAGAACAAUGCUUUAUUUGUGCUGGAUGUUUCUUUGUCUUGUCGCAGGGGAGAGGAUGAAAGGACUUAAUAUUUCAGAUUGUUACACCAGAAAACUCCUUUGGAUAUAUUCUUCAAUGAAUGAUGAAGAGUUUGUCUUAUUUUGUGAUUUGCCAGAGGCACAGAAAUCAAAUUUCUAUCAUAGAAGUCAACACUUACUGAAACAAGGCUCUGAACACCUGCCCUGCGGGGAUAGUAAGGACCUGUCUGAUGUCCAGUGGUACCUACAACCUCAGAGUGGAGAUCCAUUAGAGGAAAUUCCAGAAAGCUCUCCUCACAUCAUUCAGGAGAAGAAUACCCUUCGUUUUUUGACCCCAGAGAUGAAUAUUGCUGGGUCAUAUAUUUGUAGACCCAGGAUUAGGAGCCCCCAGGAUGUGGCCUGUUGUGUCAAGAUGGUCUUAGAAGUUAAGCUCCAGACAAACGCAUCUUGUGAGAACCCGACAUUACACAAGCAAUACCUACUUCUUGGUAGCACUAACUCCAUUCAUUGCCCCAGUCUCAGCUGCCAAAGUGGUGUACAAAGUCCAGAGGUGACCUGGUACCAGAAUGGAAAACGCCUCUCUGAACAAAGGAGCGACCCAAUGGUAGUGGAUGAAGUUUAUGACUUUCACCAGGGCACAUACAUAUGUGAUUACACUCAGUCGGAUAAUGCAAGUUCAUGGACAGUCAGAGCUGUUGUUCAAGUGAGAACCAUUGUGGAAGACACUAAUCUCAAACCAGACAUUCUGGAUCCCAUCAAGGACACACUGGAAGUAGAACUUGGAAAGCCUUUAACUAUUAGCUGCAGAGCACGAUUUGGCUUUGAAAGAGUCUUUAAGCCUGUGAUAAGAUGGUACAUCAAAGAUUCUGACCGGGAGUGGGAAGUCUCAGUACCUGAGGCGAAAAGUAUUAAAUCCACUCUAAAGGAUGAAGUCAUUGAGCGUGAUGUCAUCUUGGAGGAAGUUACUCGGAGUGAUCUUCACAGGAAGUUUGUUUGCUUUGCCCAGAACUCCAUCGGGAACACCACCCAGUCGAUCCAACUGAAGGAAAAGAAAGGAGUGCUGUUCCUAUACCUCCUGCUGGGCACCGUCGUGACGCUGGUGGGCGUGCUGGCGGCGAGCGCACUGCUCUACAGGCACUGGAUUGAAAUAGUCCUGCUGUACCGAACCUACCAGAGCAAGGACGAGACGCUCGGGGAUAAAAAGGAAUUCGAUGCUUUCGUAUCCUACGCGAAAUGGAGCUCUUUUGAGAGUGAGGCUGCGUCAUCUCUGAGUGAAGAACACUUGGCCCUGAAUCUGUUUCCUGAGGUUUUGGAAAACAAAUAUGGUUACACCUUGUGUUUGCUUGAAAGAGACGUGGCCCCAGGAGGAGUCUACACAGAAGACAUCGUGAGUAUUAUUAAGAAAAGUAGAAGAGGAAUAUUUAUCUUGAGCCCCAACUACGUCAAUGGACCCUCUGUCUUUGAACUGCAAGCAGCCGUGAAUCUUGCCUUGGCUGAUCAAACACUGAAACUCAUUUUAAUUAAGUUCUGUUGCUUCCAAGAGCCAGCGUCUCUACCUCAUCUUGUGAAAAAAGCUCUAAGGGUUUUGCCCACAGUCACGUGGAGAGGCUUAAAAUCAGUUCCUCCCAGUUCCAGGUUCUGGACCGAAAUGCGCUACCACAUGCCCGUGAAAAACUCUAAAGGAUUCACGUGGAACCACCUCAGGAUUAUCCCAGGGGUUUCUCACUGGAAAAGACUCAGUAAAACAGAAACCACUGGGAGGAGCUCCCAGCCCAGCGAACAGUGGAGCCACCUCCCCUCCAGUCCCAGGGACAGAGACACCGCUGGGCAGAACACACAGCAUGGAUCAGGCUGAUAAGGAAUUCAAACAGUUUUCUGACAGCCACAAGCAAGCCUGACAGACACUGGAGCGAGACUGGGGCUACAGUUUGGAGCCUUUGAUUUCCUGGACUGGACAAAGGGAGAGUAAAUCUUCUAGAC